AUGGAGCAACCUCCUCGAGCGGAGGAGGAGGAUGAUCUACAUGGAAUCGAGCAAUGCGUCCAAGAGAUUGUGGAUGGUGUGAAGGACUCGACAGAAAUGGCCACACUGGACACGGCGAUAACGAUUUUGCGGGAGACUAUCGAAGAAGAGACGGAUAACGAGAUGUGUACAUCGGCGAGGCUUGCCCUUGUCAAGGCGCUGCUCGUUCGGUAUGCGCACAAAGGCUGGCCUGAUGACCUGUACGAGGCUUUGAGAUACUUUGCCUUGGAGGAGAACGAAGAUGGUCGCCCCGACGCCGUGGACUGUGCUCUACAGCUGAUCGCCGAGCAUCAACAAUCUAUCGAUCAAUCGAUGCUGGAGACUGCCAUCUGCAUUGCAGAUGAGACACUUGAUCCCUGUACAGAAUUCACCACCGACCACGCUGAGCUGCUCCUUUGUGUUGGGAACGCUCUGGUUCUGAAAUACCUUGGAGGCGGUGAUAUUGGUGACUUGGAUUUGGCUCGAGGCCGCUUCCUCGACGUGCGGAGGUCAUGCCAGGGUAAAGGCGCACUAGCGUCAGUUGCCCUGUGCAACCUCAUCCAUGCGGAGUGUAUCAAAUUCAUAGAGGGGGACCCAACCCAGAGAAGAGAGGUACACGCGGAGAUCCAACGUCAUACGCGUAUAGCAAACGAAGAGGACGCAGAAGGGGUAGCCGCAUUCCAAUCAGGAAUCCAGAUGAUGCAUAGCGGAGACCAAGCUCAACUGGACGAAUCCAUAUCGCAACUCCGGCUCUCGCUUUCCCUCCGACCUCCACGCCACCCGCGACGCCUUUCCUCCCUCGUCCAUCUCACGAUCGCCCUCCAAAUGCGUUUUGAGAGCAGAAACAAUCGUGAUGAUCUAGAAGAGUCGAUUGCUCUGGGUCGUGAGGCUCUCAGUCUGACUCCUGUCGGUCACCCAGCCCGUUGCGCCUCGUUGGAUAACCUGGUGAACUCUCUGUCCAGCCGCUUCGACCGCACGGGAAAUUUCCAGAAUCUCGAAGAAUCUAUCGUGUAUCACCAGGAGGCACUUUCUCUGAUUCCGAAGGAUAGCCCAGGUCAUUCGAUGAUGCUCAACAACCUCGCAAGUUCGCUCUCCACUCGCUACCAAUUCAAGGGGAACUUCGAGGACCUUGCAAGGUCCAUAACACUUCACAAGGAGGUACUCGAUUUGAGACCGAAAGGAGACCCCCGUCGUUUCUACUCGCUCACCAACCUCGCGAUUGCACUUGCUACCCGUUUCCAGACCAAAGGCGACAUCCAGGACAUCGAAGAAUGCGUCGCAUGCCAUCGAGAGGUGCUCACUCUUACCCCGGAAGGACAUCCCAUCCGCCUCACGCCACUCAAUAACUUGGCGAACUCGCUUUUGCUACGCUUCGAGCAAAAGGGGGACAUAGACGACCUGGAAGAAUCCAUCAAGCUUCAUCGGGAGGCGCUUGUUCUGACACCGACAGGCCAUCCAGACCACUUCAUGUCGCUCAACAACCUGGCUCUCUCCCUCUCCGCCCGUUUUCAGCACAAAGGUGACUUUGGGGACCUAGAAGAGUCCAUUGGCCAUCAUCGAGAAGCGCUCGCAGCGAUGCCGCCUAGUCAUCCAAUUCGAGCCACGUCGCUUAACAAUCUCGCAACAUCUCUCCACAGCCGCUUCGAUCAUAAAGGCGAAACUCAGGAUCUCGAAGACUGCGUCAGAUCUCACAGGGAAGCACUCGCACUGCGACCUCCAGGAUCUCCAGACCGCGUCGCUUCCCUCAGUAACCUAGCAAACUCCCUUUCCGCUCGGUUCCUGCAAAAAGGCGAUAUUCAGGACUUGGAGGAAUCCAUUUCGCACCACCGAGAAGCGUCCUUGCUAUUGGCGCCUGACCAUCCAGGUCGAUCCAAGUUCCUCAACAACUUUGCUAAUUCCCUCUACGCUCUCUUCAAUCAGAAAGGCGACUUUCAGACUCUCGAAGAAUCCAUUGCAUAUUAUCGCGAAGCCCUUGAUCUAAGGCCGGAAGGCCAUCCGGAACAUUUAUCGUCACUCAGCAAUCUCGCUGUCCCCCUUUUCGCUCGCUUCACGCACAAGGGUGACAUCCAGGACCUUGCGGAGUGCAUUUCAUACCACCAACGAGUGCUUGAACAGAGACCAAAAGCGCAUCCCGAUCGCUCUGCCACGCUUGACAGCCUCGCAACAUGCCUCGGCACCAGGUUCCAAAGGAUGGGCGAAUUCAAAGACCUGGAUGACUCGAUUGCGUACCAGAAGGAGGCUCUUGCCUUGCGGCCACAGGGCCAUCCAGCGCGCUGUAGCACGCUCAACAACGUCGCGACCUCCCUUACGUCUCGCUUCGAGCAUAGAGGUGACUUUCAGGACCUUGAAGACGCUAUCAUGUGUCAUACGGAGGCUCUGGAGCUGAGGCCAGCGGGUCAUCCAGAACGCUCGUCCUCUCUACGCAACCUAGGUGGCUCGCUUUCCAAUCGAUUCCGGUACAAGGGUGUCUCCCAAGACCUAGAAGAGUCCAUCAGAUACCAGCGAGAGGCGCUCGCGUUGACGCCUAAAGGACAUCCGGACCGCUCGUCGUCGCUUAUCCGCCUUGCAGUCUCCCUUUCGACUCUCUUUCAACAUAGAAAGAACCUUGAAGACCUCGAGGAGUGCAUCCAGUAUCAUCGGGAAGCGUUAGAGUUGAGGGAGGGGGACCACCCAGAACGAGCAUCCUCGCUCAACAACCUUGGUGUUGCCCUGUAUGCUCGCUUCGAGAGCCAGGGUGACCUGAAGGACCUCAAGGAUUGUGUGAGCUACCACGGAGAGGCUUUGCACACUGCCACAGCCCAAACCGAGUCUCAGAUCCAUCCUCAACGUUGGCUAGGAUCCGCACUCAACCUCAUUAUAGCCCUUCGAGCGCUGUAUCGGAAGUUUAGAGAGCCGGGAAUCCUGGACGACAUCCUGCACCACCUCAAGAAUAGACCGCAGAUCGAGGGCACCUCCUUCCUCCUACAAAUGCAAUUCGACAUGCUUUGUACGGAGAUAGGACGCGAGUUUGAUCGUGCGGACGUUGCAUUGGAAGGCUACACUCGCGGUCUGGCUUUACUCCCCCUCCUCGCGUCUCUCGACUUGACCCUCGAACAACGCAAGAAUGUUCUGGUGCACACCAAGAACCUCCUGCGAGAUGCUGUACAGUGCGCCAUCGCACAGGGCGAACUUGAGACGGCGGCCCAUUUUCUCUCGUCCUCGCGGUCUGUUUUCUGGUCGCAAGCACUCCAGUUCCGCGCUUCCCUCGAGCGCCUGGAGUCUAGCCACCCCGAGUUGGCGGCGGAGCUGGAUUCGGUGAACCGGCGCUUACAGGUCGCCACUCGGCAAACCUCCAUGGAUGACUUCGAGGACUCGCUUGUGACCCCUCCAGCGCCUAAUUCAGUCCUCCAGGCAUCCCCGUAUGUUCUUUCCAAGGAGAGGGAGGUCGUUCUCGCUCGCAUCCGACAGAUGGAAGGCUUUCAUGACUUCCUGAUCCCUCCUUCGUUUCAAGGCCUCAAAGCUGCCACAGCUAAGGGGCCCAUCGUCUUUCUCAACGCCAGCUACUAUGGAUGCGAUGCUCUCAUAUUCAAGUCCGAUGGUUCUUUGGAGCAUCUUCCUUUGGAAGUAGAGCUGGAUCUUCUUCGCUCUUUGAAGAACGCAGUCCAACGGUUGGCAGAUGGAAACACCCUUCAUGGUGAGGUCCAGCAUGAUAUAGACGUCGCGUUCGAGAAGAGAAAUCUUCGGUUGAAGGCUCGGAUUGGAAAACGUAAUCGGUCGGUUGAUGAUGAUUUCAGAAGGGUUUUGGAGAUUCUGUGGGAGCUGGUAGUUCUUCCGGUCGUCGAGAGGCUUAGGCUGAAGAAGGUAUUUAAAGUUUCAGUCGCCCAAGGCUCUCACUUAACACUGCAUCAGAUCAACUCUCAGGACGAUAACUCUCAGGACGAUUCAGACCUGCGUCGGAGAAUUUGGUGGUGUCCGACUGGGCCUUUCGCCUUCCUCCCCGUUCAUGCUGCUGGCAUCUACUCCAGCCAAGGAGAGGGGAUUUCUUGCCUUUCCGAUUAUGCUGUCUCGUCCUACUGUUCGUCGCCUCAAGAUCUCCUCGCACCUCCGACCAAAUCCGGACCCGACUUCAAGAUGUUCGCGGUAAUCGAGCCCGAGAAACUGGGACCGGGCAUGUCGAGUCUACCUUCGGCAACGCUCGAGCUCGAGAAGAUCAAGUCUCAAAUCCCGGACCAGCGUCGUCUUACCACCCUCGUAGGAUCCAAGGACAAUCCAACGAGCACAAAGUCCGUAAUUGAUGAGAUCAACACGUCGUCAAUCGUGCACUUUGGCUGCCACGGAAUGCAGGACCUCUCGAAUCCCCUCAAUAGCCAUCUACUGUUGAGCGGCGGACAGCUGACGGUGGAAGGGCUGAUUCGGGAGUGCCAAACGUCGACCCCAGCGCUCGCGUAUCUCAGCGCAUGCGAGACUGCCAUGGGAGACGAGGAGAGGCCGGAUGAGUCUCUUACUCUUGCUGCGACUAUGAUGUUUGCCGGUUUCCGAGGUGUCGUUGGGACGAUGUGGUAA